AUGGCCUCUUUGAAUGAGGAUGGCUUCGAGGUCGUUGGCAUUAACAGUGUCGGGAUCAAGCGCCCGGUCAAAGCAGCUACACGCAAGUCGACCCGGACCAAGCUGCCUUCCAUUCCUAAGACCGCUUCCCUAACAGAGCCUGUCGAAGCCCUCGGCUUGAACGCAGAUCAUCCAAGCAAGCGCAAUGUUCGAAGAUUCACCAAACGCAAGCGAUCGACUAGCCUUGCCUCCCAGUCUGAACGCAAUAACUGCUCGUCUGCGGAUGAGUGCGACGAGCUAGCCGAAGGUCCGAGUCGCAAAUACAAGAAACCUGCUGCCAAAGCCUCCAGGGCCUCCCCUGCAAAGGACAAGCCGACAAAGAAGGGCAAGACCAAGGAGAAGAAGGAGCCCAAGCCGAAAAAGAUCACCAAGGCCGGCAUGGAGCGUCAAAAGGUCGAAGAGCUGCGUAGCGACAAGCACUUUGGCAAGCUCGACGAUGCUGCCAUCAAGCGCAUCGCCAAAGUCAGCAUCGAGCGCAUGUACCUCAUCCACCGCUUUCGCGACGGCGAACAGCUCAAGGAAGAAUUUGACAUCAGCGGCUCGAAAGGCAACGUCUACAAGGUCACGCUCGAUCGUCAGACCAAAUGCAGCUGCAUGGAUUUCUGCAUGCGACGUCAAGUAUGCAAGCAUCUGCUCUUUGUCUAUAUCAAGGUGCUGCGUCUCGAAGGUCAUUUGCCCGUCUUCUCGCGCGUCCGGCUAUCCGAGGAUGAGCUCGGGCAAGUGUUUGAAGAAGCUCUGGAGAAUCCUGUAGCGCACGCCAUGGCUCAUCCCGAGCUUCGCAAAGCCUGGGCAACGGCGGUAGGUUACGAACUCGAGGAGGACGAAGCCUCAGGCUCUGACAAGCACACGCUUCCCCCCGGUAAGAGGAUGAUUCCCGAGGAAGGCGAUGUCUGCGGUGUAUGCUACGAAGACUUGGAAGCCGGUAGCAUCGAGGGCCUCGAAUUCUGUCUUCAGUCCUGCGGACGGCCCAUCCAUACCGACUGUCUCGAGACGUGGUUCAGUACUCGUGGCUACGAUCGAACGUGCAUCUGGUGCCGAGCCAGAUGGCACGAUCGCACAGAUCGCAGAAAAGCCAACGGCUAUGGCGUCGGGUUGAGCAACCGCGGCGCCGUCGUCGAUGCCUGGGGCAACCAGCUCAACCUCGCAGCUGUAGCUGGUCUCAAUAAUCCUGCCGUGCCCGAGCCUGCUGAGCCUGGUCCUGGAGCUACUCCCCAUGCUGCGAUCGAAGUAGAUGCAGCAGGCGACGCAGAUACCAGUGGCUGGGAGUAG